CCCUUGCAGAUUUGGUAGGGUGGGGGGGUUUAUAUACUGUAUGUCGUCAUCGCACGUUUUCACUUCUUGGUGUGGAGAUGAUGGGGUUGGUACUGGUAUGCACUCUGUACACAGUAUGAUGUUCGUGGCGCUGAAGAAUGUACGAUCUUGUUUGGUGAUAUGCAUGAGUGUGCAUGUGUGCAUUAGUGCCAAGUCGUUUCUUCUUUUUCUCUUCCUGUGUUCUGACCCUCACGCGCUUCCAUCACUCUCUGUUUAGACUUUGUUAGGUUUGGGAGAUUAUAUUAGAUAUAUGAUCGGGCAAUGAAGGCUAUUCCG